AUGAUUCCUACUACAGCUCUUUUCCUCGGCUUGGCCGCUCUUGCCAAUGCCGUGCCUUUCAUGACCGAACGGGAUCUGAACUCCACUAUUUGGACUCCUGAUCAUAUCCUGAAGCAGGAUGAAGUCAUUCUCUAUGGCUCCGGUCGCAUGGAGGUUGUUCACGUCAGCGUUUACGAGAAACUUCUCGAGUCUGAGGGUGUCGACCCCGAAACUCCUGAGAUUGAUCAGGCCUGGCUUGAUGCCGGAGCCAAGGCCGUCGCUCCUCGUGAUCUAGAGGAGCGCCAGUCCUGCUCAUCCACCACCUCGUACGUGACUGAUCGUACUCAACGAUUUGUCGACUGGGACGUGCAGAUGUCCCCCGUCGUCAUCGGUGCCGGUCGCAACGGCAUUGAUGUGACAGUCGCCUCAUCCUACAGUAUUUCCAACAGCGUCUCUGUCAGCGCGGGUCUUGACCUCACAGCCGUCAAGAACCGUCUCGGCGCCAGUUUCGGUGUUGACUACUCACGCACCUGGACUACCCAAGCCACUGUCACCGUUCGUGGCACUGUUUCGCAGGGUGAGACCGGCGUUGUCAUCACCAGGCCUUGGACCAACCGUCGUUAUGGACGAUCAUUCAGGGGUUGUGUUGGAUCUAUGCAGCAGACUGGUACUUGGAUGGCUGAUUCGCAUGAGGAAGGUUCAUAUGAGGGUGUUAGAUGGGUUUCUGGUGCGAUCACGAUGUGCAUUAAGAGGCAGAGCAGCAUUCCCCUGACUCGUUGCAACGGUGGUGGCCAGUUCCGUUAA